GGUUCGAGCGUGUUCCGCGCCGUUGGCCGCGGCAGUAGGAACACGAAUGCAGGCAUAGCACGUUCUGUUUCGAGCAGUCGAUUUACGGCUGCAGAACCAGUCGGUCGUCGUCGCGCGACUUGCGACUUUCGAAACGGCAAAGACGACACGUCCGUUCGAUUCGCGUCUCGUUCGUUGCGAGGAUCGGUUCGACGUCCGACGGGGGACGUUGUCGCGCUCGAGUCUUGGCUAACGUAGCCUACGCGUCUUCGGAAUCGGAACACUGUGGAUAAGGUUCGGUGGGACGUGGUAAAACGCAGUUGGGCACGCGCCGAAGACUUUGAAUCGCCGUAGAGAGACAAGGAACAACCAGGGAGACGGAUUCGAAAAUUUACGAGCCAUUCCAAGAAUAAACCGAGACGGUUCGCGACAAGCUUUCCCAUCGGACACCUGUGCCCCGCAUACGGACACCAUCGACGACAUUCAGCGACGAAGCAACGAAGAGAACACCGAUGCGGAAUAGAAUUUCCGAUGAGGUCAGGAUCAAAGGACGUCGAUAUGAAAUCUUGGAUCUCCGGCAAGUCCAGCUUGAUCGUUCUCUCGACGUUCGCAUUCCUGUUGUACCUGGUAGUGUUUUACUCGGAAAGCAGUAUCUGCGACUUCCAGCAGCUGAGACGUAUGAUCGUCGGUGACCCGUUCGUUGUGAACGCGACCAAGAAGAUACUCUUCUGGAACACGAUGUUCAACAACGAGAUGUUCUACAUGGGAAAAGGUGACAUUUUCCGCGAUUGCCCCGUAAACAACUGCUACGCGACGCACGCCAGAGACUUUGCGGAUCUGCUGGACUUCGACGCUGUCCUGUUCCACGGAAACGAGAUAGAUCUCGAGGACAUGCCGGCCAAGAGGAGUACGCGGCAGUGGUACGUUUUCGUGAAUCUGGAGAGCCCGGCCAACAGGCCGCUGGCUAGCCCAUUUUUCGAGGAUUACUUUAAUACCACGAUGACGUACAGAUUGGACAGCGACGUUGUCUGGACUUACGGGACCGUCAAGGACGCGACCACCGACCAAAUCGUUGCUCCUCUUCGAAAUACCAGUUGGGAAAAGUUUUACAAUUUUUCAGGUGACCAAGAAGAGGAUCUCGCGGACGCGUCGUUGCUGGCUGCGAUCCGUGGCAAAACGAAGCCGGUAGCAUGGUUCGUGAGCAACUGUAAGGCAAAAAGCGGACGAGAGGAGUACGUGCGCGAGCUGUCCAGUCACAUAAGCGUGGAUAUUUACGGAGACUGCGGUCAGUACUCUUGUCCACGUUCCGUGAACUGCUUCAAAACCGUAGCGGAACCCGACUACUUCUUCUACCUGUCGUUCGAGAACUCUUUCUGCCAGGAUUACGUAACCGAGAAGCUGUACAAUGCGUUCAGUUACAACGUGGUGCCAAUCGUUUACGGGGGCGCCAAUUACAGUAUCUUCGCUCCGCCGCGAUCCUACAUAAACGCCCUCGACUUCGACUCGCCCGAAGAUCUGGCCGAAUACUUGAAGUGGUUGAUCGAGAAUCCGAGCGAGUACCGGAAGCAUCUCGAGUGGAAGAAGUACUACAAGAUCGACACAAGUAAUCGUCACGCGGCUUGUAAUCUCUGCGAGUUUCUUCACGAGGAACGAGAGCCGCGCCAGUACACUGUUCUCUCGGACUGGUACAGCAGGUCAAAGUGUCCUCUGCAGACGCUUCUGCAGUACGAGAGGUACAUCACGGGUGCCAUUUUAAGAAAUCCAAACGUUUAACAGUUUCGAGGUGUACGCGACAAAAAUAACUGGUUAAGUUACUCCAACGAAUAGCAUUUCUUCCGAUCGACGUUUAGGACCUAUACUUUGGUAUCGCAUAUUUAUUUUUUUAUAUUUAUAUGUGUUUUUUUUUUGUUAGAGAUAUAUCGUUCGUUAGUUGUGUAAUAUUUACCUUCGUCACUUUAAGAGAGGCUGAGGUAGCAAGGCUAACGCUGACGAAAAUGGUUAAACGAACCAUUUCUCGGUGACGUAGCCAAUAAUUUUCUUCCGUGCAGUAUUGCGAGACAUGUAUUCUUCCAAAGAUAUGUAUAAAUAUAUCGUGUAACGCGACGAUCGUCGUUGAACGUGUUAAGUUUUUCACUUGAAAUAAAUAUGUUUCUAUAUAAA